CGGCAUUCGAGCACUUGACUACUCUGCAACUCUCCCUCUCAAAUUACAAUCCCAACAAGAUUCCACAGCUCAAUUCAAUUUCUGUUCUGAAGCGGAAUCAAUCAACCCUCCACCCAGCUUGUUAUUAAAACAAUUUGCUAAUUCAUGUUUUUCCUCAAACCCUUCUGAGUAGGCUACUUUUAAACAGGUGUUUUGGGCAGAGUGCCCGGAAGAAAAAAAUGUCCAAUGGGAAAGAUGCACCUGCCGCGGCGAAGUAAGUUUCAACAUCGAGACAGCUUGGCCUACUGCACUGAACAAUUUUCUCUUGGUUGUUCGGUUUAUAUAGUUAUUCAACAUCAAUUUAAUUAAUGUAAAUACGCCGAUAUAAAAAAAAUCAAGACAAGUACUUACUGAUCAAGUACUUAGUUGCAUUACUUUAUUUGGAAGUUAUUUAGGAUAUUUGUUAUUUUACUCUACAUUCGUUUUGUGUUGACAUUAAGAUGGACAGAAUCAGGAUGGUAGUUUAAUAAUAAUACUUUGUGAGAGGGUUUAUUUGAGAAUUUUCUUUUGAAGAGAGUACAUCUGAUUCAUGACUAAUCAAAUAAUUCAACAAAAUACCAGCCAAUGCAUGAAUAGCUGAAGAUAAAAAAUUUAUUUUAGCAUGACUCACUCUCACCCUCCUUUCUUCCUUAUUCCUGUCAAAUGAAGUGUCGUUUCAGUUUAGUGCUUUCUUUAGACACACAUAUUACUUCUCACAAAGCAUGUUUUAUGUUGAACAUAUGUUGUAUGUUGACGAGCUCUUUGUGGAGGGGGAAACCCACUGUUAUUGUUAUCUUGAAGUCAUACAAGAAUGCUAGUUUUCUUAGAUCAUCUUGCAGCUGAUUUCUAAGAGUUCUGACUCUAAAUAAAUGCAUACAUUAGAGAAUUUUGACAGGACUAGCUUGGCCAAAAGGAUAUUCUUAAUUUUUCUUCAUUUUACUGUGCACCAGAAAGCUUUGGAUCUACCCGUGCCAGGUUUUAAUGUUAUGUGCACAAGUAAAAUGAAACGCCUUUCUUGCAAGCUCUAAACCUAACAAUGCAGUAAUCAAGGUAAGACACUGAGCGGUGUGUGCAGACUGCUGUGAACAGGGGGGUGCUCGUGCAUGUGUGUAUUGACACUGUUGCAGGCAACUUACCUUACCUAUGGGCUUUAGAGCCCUUCCAUUACACAUUUUCUUUCUCUGGAAGAGAGACAAUAAUAAAGCUGAUACUUACUGUCCAUGUAACCAUUGUAGUGUGUGUGUGUGCAGCUCCUCACAGAUGACCCUGCAGGCGUGCCUUGAGGAGUGUAUGGAGGCCCUGGACCUCUUCCUCAACAACCACUUCAGUGAGAGCCUGGACAAACUGCGGCCACGGUAACAGUGCAACUCUAUCUGGACUAAAGUGUGCUUCAAACUCUCCAUUGGCCAAUUAGUGUGUACAGGGUGUCUUGAGGCAUAUUUGUGCAGCCUUUAGCCUUUUGUCAUUGAGUGGUGUGUAACUUAGUGCAACAUCAGCACUGUUGAGGUGUGACGUGGUGUGGUGUAGUGCAGUGAACAGUGAAGUGUUGCACUUCCUGCUACCCAAGGCAUCAGGCCCUGUCACUUCUCCAGGAUAUGGAGUGUUUACUGAAGCUGACGCCCAGGGCUCAACGGGCAGAACAGAGGCCCUGGAAAAUGAACACCAUACACACACAAGCUGGAGUGAAAUGGAAGAGAUAGAGGAAGAUAGAAAAAUAAAUAGAGGUGUUUACUGUUGGCUACUGUAUAUACAGUGGGGGAAAAAAGUAUUUAGUCAGCCACCAAUUGUGCAAGUUCUCCCACUUAAAAAGAUGAGAGGCCUGUAAUUUUCAUCAUAGGUACACGUCAACUAUGACAGACAAAAUGAGGAAAGAAAAUCCAGAAAAUCACAUUGUAGGAUUUUUAAUGAAUUUAUUUGCAAAUUAUGGUGGAAAAUAAGUAUUUGGUCACCUACAAACAAGCAAGAUUUCUGGCUCUCACAGACCUGUAACUUCUUCUUUAAGAGGCUCCUCUGUCCUCCACUUGUUACCUGUAUUAAUGGGACCUGUUUGAACUUGUUAUCAGUAUAAAAGACACCUGUCCACAACCUCAAACAGUCACACUCCAAACUCCACUAUGGCCAAGACCAAAGAGCUGUCAAAGGACACCAGAAACAAAAUUGUAGACCUGCACCAGGCUGGGAAGACUGAAUCUGCAAUAGGUAAGCAGCUUGGUUUGAAGAAAUCAACUGUGGGAGCAAUUAUUAGGAAAUGGAAGACAUACAAGACCACUGAUAAUCUCCCUUGAUCUGGGGCUCCACGCAAGAUCUCACCCCGUGGGGUCAAAAGGAUCACAAGAACGGUGAGCAAAAAUCCCAGAACCACACGGGGGGACCUAGUGAAUGACCUGCAGAGAGCUGGGACCAAAGUAACAAAGCCUACCAUCAGUAACACACUACGCCGCCAGGGACUCAAAUCCUGCAGUGCCAGACGUGUCCCCCUGCUUAAGCCAGUACAUGUCCAGGCCCGUCUGAAGUUUGCUAGAGUGCAUUUGGAUGAUCCAGAAGAGGAUUGGGAGAAUGUCAUAUGGUCAGAUGAAACCAAAUUAGAACUUUUUGGUAAAAACUCAACUCGUCGUGUUUGGAGGACAAAGAAUGCUGAGUUGCAUCCAAAGAACACCAUACCUACUGUGAAGCAUGGGGGUGGAAACAUCAUGCUUUGGGGCUGUUUUUCUGCAAAGGGACCAGGACGACUGAUCCGUGUAAAGGAAAGAAUGAAUGGGGCCAUGUAUCGUGAGAUUUUGAGUGAAAACCUCCUUCCAUCAGCAAGGGCAUUGAAGAUGAAACGUGGCUGGGUCUUUCAGCAUGACAAUGAUCCCAAACACACCGCCAGGGCAACGAAGGAGUGGCUUCGUAAAAAGCAUUUCAAUGUCCUGGAGUAGCCUAGCCAGUCUCCAGAUCUCAACCCCAUAGAAAAUCUUUGGAGGGAGUUGAAAGUCCGUGUUGCCCAGCGACAGCCCCAAAACAUCACUGCUCUAGAGGAGAUCUGCAUGGAGGAAUGGGCCAAAAUACCAGCAACAGUGUGUGAAAACCUUGUGAAGACUUACAGAAAACGUUUGACCUGUGUCAUUGCCAACAAAGGGUAUAUAACAAAGUAUUGAGAAACUUUUGUUAUUGACCAAAUACUUAUUUUCCACCAUAAUUUGCAAAUAAAUUCAUAAAAAAUCCUACAAUGUGAUUUUCUGGAUUUUUUUCCCUCAUUUUGUCUGUCAUAGUUGACGUGUACCUAUGAUGAAAAUUACAGGCCUCUCUCAUCUUUUUAAGUGGGAGAACUUGCACAAUUGGUGGCUGACUAAAUACUUUUUUCCCCCACUGUAUUUCCUCAUUACCAAUGGGUGAAGCCAGUCCCUAUAUUGGAAGCAAGACACAUUUUUUUCUAAAGGAAAUUAAAAAGUUCGCUGGACGAUAAAUACUUGCUGUUUUCUGAUUGUUGUCAGUGGAUGUGUAUGAUGAUGAUGUUGUGUGUAUUGCGUUGAAGGGUAAAGGAGAGUAUGUACCAUGCUCUGAUCUACGCCACUGUGCUGGAGAUGCAGGCUAUGAUGACCUUCCAGCAGGAUGACAUCGUCAAUGCAGGCAACACCAUGAAGAGUGCCCAGGAGGUCUGCCAGAGGUGAGGAUGCUACUGUACAUGGACACUGUCAUCUGUUUCAUGUCCUCUUUAACACAUUAGUUCAUAUUAUAGGCACAAGCAACAUCCACAAAAGGUAAAUAGAGGGACAUCCUGGAAUAUUCAGACAGUUGGUCUGGUCUGGCCUCUAACAGUUAGGCCUAAUAUGCCACUAAGGCUAUUAUUCCCCUGUCCAUCAGCCUGCAGGCAAAUGAGAGCAUUUACAUGGCAACCAGGUCUCUUUGCGCCUGUGCUGGAAUUUGCCUGUGUUUGCAUGGCCAGAGCGGCUCUUGAUGGUCUAGGGGUACUCAGCUCUUACCCUAUGAGGUCCGGAGCCUGUUCGUUUUCACCCCUGGCCUACAGCAAGCAAGGACACUUGAGAUUGCUGGAGGUGGUUGAAAGGCUGUCGUGUUGUAAUGUUGUUCCACAUGAAUGCCCAUGUGAUUAACAUGAGAAACAUGCAUUGUUCAAUGAGAUUUUUUGUGUUAGGCUCAUAAUUGGUCUCAUUUCUUCUUAGGUUUCGCCGAAAGUCCCCUAGUAAUAUCAGUAAAUCACCUGGUGAGCGUCUAACUGAAGGUAAGAGCGCUUUUCUAAUUGGGCCUCAUCCUAUUAUUAUGGCAGAUUUCAAAUAGCCACUGACCGUUUGUGUGCGGGUUUGCAGAACAGCUCCAAGCUCUCCAUGCUGAAGCGUGUUAUGCUGAAUGCUUGCUCCAAAGGGCAGCUCUCACCUUCCUACAGGUAAGACAGGUCCUCCUGUCCUCAAUUCUAAAUCUUACUGAUCCUGGUUAAUGACACAAUGCUGAUGUUUCGUUUAGCAUUGAUGCACAGGUAACUGCCAAAAUAAGGAAACACUUGAGUAAAUGAGGGAUACUAAGUAUAUUGAAAGCAGGUGCUUCCACACAGGUAUGGUUUUCUGAGUCAAUUAAGCAAUUAACAUCCCAUCAUGCUUAGGAUAAUGUAUAAAAAUGCCUAGUUGCCCAUUAUUUUAGAUACCAUGGCUAGAAGAAGAGAUCAGUUACUUUGAAAGAGGGGUCUUAAAGGAGCAUAGGGGGUUUAAAGGGUGUGUGUGUCUCAGUCACCAGAUCUCAACCCAAUUGAACACUUCUGGGAGAUUCUGGAGCGGUGCUUGAGACAGCAUUUUCCACCACCAUCAACAAAACACCAAAUUACGUAAUUUCUAGUGGAAGAAUGUCGCAUCCCUCCAUAGAGUUCCAGACACUUGUAGAAUCUAUGCCAAGGUGCAUUGAAGCUGUUCUGGUGGCUCGUGGUGGCCCAACGCCCUAUUAAGACGCUUUAUGCUGGUGUUUCCUUUAUUUUGGUCGUUACCUGUAUGUAUGAUAACUGUAUCCAACUGAUUUAGAUAUCAGUCGAUGAAACACAUUGUAGUUUGCCCCUUCCGCUUCAUGGUGUUUUGAGUCUGUGUGCAUAGUUUAAAGCGUGAUCCAACAGGUUUCCCCUGUCCUCCCAUUCAUUUGUGGAUACAGUACAUUACUGUCUCACCAGUUGACACCUUAUGUUAAAAUAUGUUUUAUUUUCCCUCUUCCUCAAGGAUGAGAACAUGGUGAGUUUUAUCAAAGGAGGAAUCAAAGUACGCAACAGUUACCUGAUUUACAAGUAAGUUUGCAGGAGGAAGGGGAAAAUGGUUCUAACAUUAUACAGUGUGAUUGUGAAUCAACAGAGGGAAUCAAUAAUUAUAUUUACCAAAUUAUGCACUGCUAUUACAAUAACAGACUGUUCAGUUGUUAAAACAAUAAUGGCCAUUUUCUCUGGUAAGUGUCUGUAGUUAUCAGUCAGUUAGAUGUGUUUUUAUUGUGUAAUAAUCCCGCAUUAUUACGGCCUAUUAUAUCAUUAUGUAUAAUCAUGUUAGACUAUGAAUGACAUAAUUGCCUUUUAUGACACAGGGAGCUGCACACCUUCAUACAGUCUAACAGCUCUCUCCAAGGACCCAACCACAUUCACUUAGAGGGAGGGGUGUCUUUUGGGAUCGGAGCAUUCAACUUGGUAUGUCCCACAAGCAUCCCCAUAUUCCAUUAAUGGCCCAUUUGUUACAUCAUUACGUGUUUUACCACAUGUCAGUCAGUCCUUAUGCUGUAUCACAGGGUUCUGUACUGUCUUCCACAGACUCUCUCCAUGUUCCCACCUCGGUUACUCAAAGUUUUAGAGUUUGCUGGCUUCUCUGGAGACAAGGUAUAGUUGCUCAUUCUAACUUGUAUAUAGAAAGUGAUUGGUUUACAGCAGGGCUGCCCAACCCUGUUCCUGGAGAGCUAGCCUGCUGUAGUUUUUUACCCUAGUUGUAAUUCCCAAUAUUCACCUUAUCAAGCAGGUCAUUAUUAGAAUCAGGUCUGCUAGAUAACCUACAGGUCGGUAGCUCAACAGGAACAGCGUUGGGCAGCCCUGCUUUACAGGUUGUCUCUGUUUCUCUCUCCCUCAGCAUAUACUGUAUGUUCUUGUGUGCAGGAGUAUGGUCUGUCCCAGCUGAAUGAUGGUGCCACUACACACAACCUGCGCUCCAUGCUGUGUGCUCUGCUGUUGCUCUGUUACUACACCUUCCUCACCUUCAUACUCGGUACUCUACUCCUCACAACCAGGAAGUGAAUGGAGAUCACAACUGACUUGGCUGUCCGGACAUGACAGAAAUACAUUACAACAUAAUUUAUGUAUAACAUACACGUGUGUGUGUGUGAGAGAGCUGAAGAGAGAGAGGGUAGACUGUGUUUGUGGGUUUCUGUGUUUUCAUUUCUUUAUCACUCUACAGGGACGGGUGAGGGGGACGUGGCUGAUGCUGAGAAGCUGCUGAAGCCUUUCCGGCUGCGCUACCCACAGGUGAGUGACACUCCUCCUCCCCAGGCUCUCACCCAGCCCAAAGCAAACUCAACUCUGUAUGGAACACAAUGUGUACCGAUACCAACAGAUGUCUUGGCAAACACAAUCUAAAAUAAUAGGUUUACAAUGUGGGCGUAAUGUGGGUAAGUAAUGCACUGACCAUGUAAUAGGUCAUUUAGUCAGAGGAGGUGCUUAUGCUUGAGCUACCAUUGUGUAAGUUUGUCAUUUUACAAGUGCUAGCCACUGCCAAAGUAUUAUAUAUAUGGUGUUGUCAGGUUAUCAGAGAAUGUUUACGUUUCUUUCCACUUCCCUUCAGGGGGCCAUAUUUCUCUUCUUCGCAGGCAGGGCUGAGGCGAUCAAGGGGAACAUUGAUGAGGUGAGCCUCAAAUUAAAUGUCUUUGUGAUGCUAUUUGUGUUAUCUGUCCCUUUUUUCAGUCAUAUUUAGCAGUGGUGUUUUUAUUGAUAGGCCUAGAAUGAGUCAGUGUGUGCCUGUUUUCCUGGUGGGGUGUACUGUAAUGGCGAUGUGUUACCAGGCGGUGGUGCUGUUUGAGGAUGGCUGCAAAGCUCAGCAGCAGUGGAAGCAGUUCCACCACAUGUGCUACUGGGAGCUGAUGUGGUGCUUCACAUACAAGUGCGUGUGGAGGAUGGCCUACUUCUACGCAGACCUACUGAGCAAUGAGAGCCACUGGUCCAAGGCAAGAGAGUGUGCUGUAGUGUUGAGUAUAGCCUAGGACCCAAUUGGGAAGACGCAAUUCCCACGCCCAUAUGUUCAUCGAAAACACAAAACCACUUGAGCAGACACUCUUAAUUUAAUUCAGUCAACGGUUUUGACCUGCCCACUAAGUGUAUGGCUUUUAAAGCCAAUGCAGUAUUUUCUCCCCACCACAGACUGUUGACAUUAUUAAACUCUACUUACUGUAUGGCUGGGUCCUGACGGAAAUAAGGCUUGUCUUUCCUUCAGGCCAUGUAUGUGUACAUGAAGGCUGCUUACCUGAGCAUGCUGGCUCCAGGGGAGGCUAGGCCCUUUGGGGAAGAUGAGGUUGAGCUCUUCAGGUAAACAAACUCUCAUCACAACAAAAAACGUAACUUGAAAUUCCCCAGUCCCUUCUUUUAAUUGUGACCACCCCUCUCUUUCCUGGCCCCUUCUCUUUUUCUGUCUUUGCCCACUCUCUUAGACAGGUGUCCACCUUCAAGCAAAAGAUAGCAGGGAAGUCUCCCCCCACAGAGAAGUUUGCCAUUCGCAAGGCUAGACGUUACAAAGCUAGCUGCCCAGUGAGGCUCCCAGUGCCUGUGCUGGUAAGACCCCACCCCACAAACGCAAAACUGCAUAAAGACAUACACAAAUCUGUAGCUAAAAUGCUAACGGUCAGUUGUAUUUGUGUGAUUCUGACAGUAUUCUCUCUUUCUGCACUGCGGUAGGAGAUUAUGUACAUGUGGAACGGCUUCUCCAUGAUCAGCAAGCGGCCAGAGCUGACCGAGGGCAUGCUGCAGACACUGGUGGAGGCAGAGCGCACCCUGCUGGAAUCUCCCGGUAAUGCAACCUGUCUGGGGCUAACCAGUUUCAGGCAGUCAGACUGACUGGGCCAAACCAGCCUACUUCUCUCAGCUGUCCAUGAAGCAAUAACUACUCUUAGAAUAUCACCAAAAGAGAAUGGAUAAAGACUCAUUCUACACACAUUCUGCUUGAGCCUGUGUUGAGUAAUUUUUAAUGCAUGGUUUUAUAAUCUGUGUUCUUUUUUGUUUUGGCAGCAAAUGAGUAUUCAGUGGAUGACCGCUGUGUGAUCCACCUACUGAAGGGGCUGUGUCUGAAGAACCAGGGACACAUUCAGGCUGCAGAGGAAUGCUUCAACAAGGUGUACAACAGGUGAGAUGGGUAAUCUUUUAGUCUGGGUAUCUUUCAUUUAUACACACCUGGAUCUGUGUGUUGUAUAACAAGAUGGUAAAUACAUGCAGACGCAUAUGUAUCAUGUUUGCUGAGAGGUUAUAAAAACGAGUUUAUUGGUUUAUUUGGACCCCCAUUAGCCUUUGCCAAAACAGCAGCUAUUCUUCCUGAGAUCGAGAGUGUCAAUGUUUUUUUAACAAACUCAUACAUGCCAAAAGGAAAUAAUUUCAUGGUAUUUAAUCAAACAAUGUGUUCUCUGUUUGAUUAAACCACACCAGUGUGUUAUCACAGCAAAUUGAGCAAUGCAGUGUUAUGUAGGACCUCAUAGCAGUGAAAUGCAUUCUGAAUAAUGUCUAGAGACAGUCAGUGAUAGAUGAACAUGCUCAGUGUAAAUGACUAAGAGGUUAAUGAUAUGGCCGUCUGUUCUCUAACCUCCAGUGAGAAGAAGAUCAAGUUUGACCAUUACCUGGUGCCCAACGCUCUGCUGGAGCUCAGUGUGGUCUACAUGGACACGGGCCGCAAGGAGGAGGCCAUCAAAUUACUGGUGAAGGCCAAGUGAGUCACCUCUUACUGGUUGUUCCGAUACAGCCUGCAAGCUGUAGUAGGAUGUAGCAGGCUUGCAUUCCAGCUCGGCAUGAAAACAGCGAUUACUCACCUCGAACUGGAUGAAGAUGUUUUCUUUAACGAGUCGGGCGCAAAGGAUUUAUUCCAGAUACUCGACCAGGCCCAAAUCCCCGUCAUUCGCGUGAAGAGAAUACUCAAAUACAGGGGACGCAGGUCUGGGUGCCUUGUGAGAAUUCGUCGGCGAGUGGGUAACCCGCCUCUACCAUCCGUCCUAUUGGCCAACGUGCAAUUAUUGGAGAAUAAACUGGAUGAGCUCCGUUCAAGACUAUCCUACCAACGGGACAUUAAAAAACUGUAAUAUCUUAUGUUUCACCGAGUCAUGGCUGAACUACGACAUGGAUAAUAUACAGUUGGCUGGUUUUUCCGUUCAUCGGCAAGACAGAACAGCUGCUUCCGGUAAGAAAAGGGGUGGCGGUCUGUGUCUAUUUGUCAAUAACAGCUGGUGCGCCAAAUCAAAUAUUAAGGAAGUCUCUACGUUUUGCUCGAGUAUCUCAUGAUAAGCUGUACACCACACUAUUUACCAAGAUAGUUUUCAUCUAAACUCAGCAAAAAAAGAAACGUCUUCUCACUGUCAACUGCGUUUAUUUUCAGCAAACUUAACAUGUGUAAAUAUUUGUAUGAACAAAACAAGAUUCAACAACUGAGACAUAAAGUGAACAAGUUACACAGACGUGACUAACAGAAAUUGAAUAAUGUGUCCCUAAACAAAGGGGGGGUCAAAAUCAAAAGUAACAGUCAGUAUCUGGUGUAGCCACCAGCUGCGUUAAGUACUGCAGUGCAUCUCCUCCUCAAGGACUGCACCAGAUUUGCCAGUUCUUGCUAUGAGAUGUUACCCCACCAAGGCACCUGCAAGUUCCCGGACAUUUCUGGGGGGAAUGGCCCUAGCCCUCACCCUCCGAUCCAACAGGUCCCAGACGUGCUCAAUGGGAUUGAGAUCCGGGCUCUUCGCUGGCCAUGGCAGAACACUGACAUUCCUGUCUUGCAGGAAAUCACGCACAGAACGAGCAGUAUGGUUGGUGGCAUUGUCAUGCUGGAGGGUCAUGUCAGGAUGAGCCUGCAGGAAGGGUACCACAUGAGGGAGGAGGAUGUCUUCCCUGUAACGCACAGCUUUGAGAUUGCCUGCAAUGACAACAAGCUCAGUCCGAUGAUGCUGUGACACACUGCCCCAGACCAUGACGGACCCUCCACCUCCAAAUCGAUCCCGCUCCAGAGUACAGGCCUCGGUGUAACGCUCAUUCCUUCGACCAUAAAGGCGAAUCCGACCAUCACCCCAGACCUGUCUGGUCCAGCGACGGUGGGUUUGUGCCCAUAGGCGACGUUGUUGCCGGUGAUGUCUGGUGAGGACCUGCCUUACAACAGGCCUAUGGGCACAAACCCAACAACAAAAAAUUUCACUGUCCCAAUACCUUUGGAGCUCACUGUAUAUAGUACACACACACACAACGUUACCCCGUUACUAUGUCUUACUCAUGAUUCCUAUCCACUUUGUUCUGUUCCCUCAGAAAUAACUACAAGGAGUACUCCAUGGAGUCACGCACCCAGUUCAGAAUCCAUGCUGCCCUCUCCAAACUCAAGGCUGACACUAGUGACCAAGAUGAAAUCACAGCACUGUAGUAUAACAGGUGUCAUUGUGCUGAGCAAGCACUGGACUUGCUUCCCCUGCCAUGUGUAGACGUUCCAGGAAGACUUGCUCUCUUUUACAUCCUCAGCCACUUU